GAAAGAAAGAACAUGGCCGCUGCAAAUGACCGUCUUGGGAGCUCAUUUGUGAAGAUUUUAAAAGAUACACAUAGCUCUUAUGGAGGAUAUGAUUAUACUUUUGUUGAUGGUGACCCACCAGACAACUACAUCUGUCUCAUAUGUACUUUAGUGUCACGUGAUCCUCAUCAAGUCUCCUGCUGCUUUAAUAUCUACUGUAAGAGUUGUCUGGAUAAGCACAGGAAGAAAAACUCAAUGAAUGGAACAUUCAGCUGUCCUGCUUGUCGUAAGCUACUGGAUUCUAAGAGCUAUUUUAAAGAUGGAAGGUUGGAGCGUGAGAUAAAGGCUCUUAAAGUUCAAUGCACCAUUGAGGAGUGUGACUGGAAAGGAGCUAUUAGUGAUAUCAAAGCACAUGUCAUGGCCUGUCCUUAUCGAAUGGUCGACUGCUCUCUGGGAUGUGGGGAAAAGAUUUGCUAUAAGGAAGUGGAAGCUCACCUCAGUGAUUGUCCAAAACGGAUAGUCAGUUGUCAGUAUUGUAAAGAUGAAGGUCCUCAUGACUUUAUAACAAGCAGUGCUCAUCUUGAUGAGUGUUCUUCCUACCCAGUCAAAUGCUCUAAUGAAGGUUGUGAAUUUACUCAAGAACGCUUUUGGUUCACACAUCAUGAGCAAAAUUGUCCUAAAGCUAUUGUUUACUGUGAAUACAGUAAUUUAGGAUGUGACAAGUUGAUAAAAAGGGAAGAGCAAGAAAAGCAUAAUGAAGAAUCCAUGAAAGAGCACUUGCAAAUGGCAAUCAAACGAGUUGAUACUCUGCAGACGAAAUGUGCUGGUAUGAAAUGUGCUGGUUGUUCAAGUUCUCAGGUCUUGAAAAUGAACAAUUCAUCCUCCUAUAAAUAUGGUGGCUAUAAGAUGAUGCUCUGUGUAUAUGCUAAUGGUCAUGGCAAAGGAAAAGGCACUCAUGUGUCUUGUUAUACUGCUCUUGUUCCUGGGGAGUAUGAUGAUGAGCUGGGGUGGCCAUUUGAAGGAGAAGUCACAGUAGAGCUACUAAACCAAGAGGAAGAUGAAAAUCACAAGAAGCUUAUUAUCAAGUAUGAUGACUCAACUCCUGAGGAUUGCAAGGAAAGGGUGACAAAAACAAUGUCACAAAGGUGGGGGAAAGCUCAGUUCAUUGCUCAUUCUGAUCCUGGUUUUCAAGACUUUACGUAUGGUUUUCUGGGUCCGUGGUAUUUCAGAGUCAGUGCAAGAGUCACCUCUAAGACUAAACCAUGGCUUGUAUAGUGUUAUAAAAGCAUGUCUAUGUAAAGAGUACAUAUGUUUUUCAGUUUAUUAACUAUUAACAAUUUUAA